AUGAUUAAAAUUGUCUUUUUUUAUCGCAUUUUGUUUUUCUUUCAUUAUGGGUUUCAAAUAUCAUACUUGCUCUCUCUCUAUAUAUAUAUCUCUCUCUCUCUCUCUCUAUCUAUCUAUCUAUCUAUCUAUCUGUCUAUCUAUCUAUCUAUCAACUAUCUAUCUAUCUGUAUCUCUCUCUCCCUCGGUCUUGAAGUUGAUAUGCCGUUAAAAAAAUAUAUUCUCUCUCUCUCUCUCUCUCUCUCUCUCUCUCUCUCUCUCGCUCUCGUUUGCUGGGGUGCGGGAUUUAUAGCAACCACUAUCUAUCCUUUCUCUCCCUACUUUUCCUCUCAUCUUUGUAUUGGGCGAACCAAAAAAGAAAUCUAUUCAGAAGACUUUAUAUUCGUUUUCUUUUUUCUUCUUCUCUUUGCAGAUAGCAAAACAAGCUUUACGCGUGCGUGUAGCCUUUUUCCGAUGACAGACAACUGUAACACAGUCAAAGAGGACGGCAAUACUGUCAAAUUCUGUUACACAAGCUGUGACACGGACGGCUGUAACACAGCCGCGCCGUCCGGUAUGACGCCAUGUCAUGGGAUUACCACGAGCCUCGUUAUCAUUCUACUCAUGGUCAGUGUCAACAACAUGCUGAAUCUAUGA